AUAUCUAAAGAAUUAAAUGGAGUGUUUGAACACCAGUCAUCGUUGGAGAACAAGAUGGUGGGACUACACAAAACCCUACCCAAUCUUCAAAUACUGAUGAAUGAUUCUAAACAGCUAAGCAGUAUGAUCUCAUUCACCUCUACCUUAGCUGAAAAUGUUAGCAGCAAAGUUAGAAAACUUGACUUGGCCAAGAGUCAAGUAUCUCAAUGUAUUACUAGAGUAGAAGAUAUUUUAGAUCUCAAGUUCUGUACUGAUGGUGUUCAAACAGCUCUUCAAAAUGAAGAUUACGAAACUGCAGCAGGACAUGUUCAUAGAUUCCGUAAUCUAGAUGAAUCCGUCAUUAGAAUGAGUUCAGACACUGCAGAAGGUGGCUCACUAGAAACAUCAUUUAAAUUAUUACAAGAAUCAGAAGAGAAAUUAAAGACAAUUGUUAAUAAUAAAUUUUCUUCUGCUGUUCAUUCUGGUGAUGUGGCUUCGGUUGAAAGAUUCUUUAAGAUAUUCCCCUUGUUAGGAAUGCAUGAGGAGGGGUUAACAAAAUUUGGGAAAUAUUUAGCAUCACAGUUAUCCGAAACAGCAGAUAAGAAUUUAAAGCUAGCUAUACAAUCUAACAAUCCUAAUGAUGAUAAAAGAUCUAGUGUUCUAUAUGCUGAUACUAUUAUAAUGUUAUUAGAGAGUAUCGCUAGGACAGUAGAAGUACAUCAACCCUUGGUAGAAACAUAUUAUGGGUUUGGUAAACUUAUAACCUUAUUAAAGAUAUUACAGAAAGAAUGUGAUAGACAGAUAAGAAAAGUUAUUGAUCAUUUUAAGUCCAGUAGAGAAUAUGAUAAAAAGGUGAAAUUAGUACAAACAAGUUUAAUGUCACAAAAACAGAAUUCUACAGAAAAUUAUCUUGAUCCAAUGGAGAUAGAUUUAUUACUGUCAGAAACUGUAUUGAUAAAUAGUCGCUCAGAACUAUAUCUUAGAUUUAUAAAACGUAAAGCAAUGAUUUCAACUAAAUAUAACGAUCCAUUAGAAAGCCAAUCACCGAAACUAGAAACUGAAAAUGAUAUAGAAGUCUUUAUUAAUAAUUGUGAUCUUAGUCGGGUUAUGCAGGAAUUAAUUGGGAAUUAUAUCAUGAUGGAAGAAUACUUUAUGAAAGAAAUGGUUGUUAAGGCAGUAAAUAUGGACACGAUAGAUGAAGUAGCUCAUACAUCAAGUAUGGUAGAUGAUGCCUUCUUUAUUGUUAAAAAAUCAGUCAGAAGAACAGUGUCAAGUUCUAGUAUAGAUGGUGUAUGUGCAAUGUUAAAUCAUGCUUGCUCAACCCUAGAACAAGAUUUCCGUGAGAUAUUAUACAGCAGACUAAGGGGAGGCUAUCCAUGUGGCUUUGAUUUGCAACAAGCCUAUAACAUUAUGCAGUCUAGUUUUCAACAGGGAAAAUUGACAAGCUCUGAUCAAGAAAAAGAUAAAGCCAGAUUAUUAUUUCUUACUGCCCUAAAUAAUUCUGAAAUCAGUUGUGAUUAUUGUAAAGCUCUGAAAACAAGCUUAGAUGAUGAAGUUAGUAAAAUAUAUUCCAAUUGUAAUGAACAAUCAAAAGCUAAAUUAGAGAGUUGUUUAAAUGAUCUGGGUGGUGUUUCAACUAGAUUUAAAGAUGUGGUAGACUUUGGUUUCUCUCAGUUAACAAGUAGUGCUAUAAAACCAAGAAUAAAACCAUUAGUUGAUACAUUCUUAUCAACAAGUCAUAAUAUUACGGAGGAGGAAUUCUCAAAUUUUGAAGCAAAUGAUCCAUGGUUGCAGAGUUUUAUUGCUAAUUUAGAUACAAUUCUUAAUACAUUCAAGGCAAGUUUAACACCAGCUAAUAAUGAAAAGUUUGUGAAUUUAAUUACUGGAGAAAUAACUGUUCAAUUAGAGAAAGCUGUUAUAAAGACAGUAUUUAACCGGUUAGGUGGUUUACAAUUUGAUAAAGAACUAAGAUCAUUAGUUGGAUAUUUAACUUCAGUCACUACAUGGACAAUAAGGGAUAAAUUUGCUAGACUAACUCAGAUGGCAACAAUACUCAAUUUAGAAAAGGUAUCAGAGAUAUUGGAUUAUUGGGGUCAGAAUUCAGGACCAUUAACAUGGAGGCUGACUCCAACUGAAGUUCGACAGAUCCUUUCUUUACGAAUUGAUUUUCGUAGUGAAGACAUUAAGAGAUUGAAGUUAUGA